AUGAUUUUGCCCCAUCUCGCUGUGCGUGCACUCUCCGCAUCGGUGCAGUGCCCAGUCGUCCUUGAUGGACGUAUCUCGCAAAACUUCACACUUGAAAACUUCGACACGAACGUUUCCCCUUACAACCCAGGCUUCACCAAGGGCUCCGACCCUUGGUCCAAGAUCAUUCUCUUCCCCACCGUUGCGGCCCCAUCCCGCUUCGAUGCAGCCGCCUCCGCCAAUGCCACCAGCGGAAGUGGGUUCAAGCCCCUGGAGGUGACGAUCAAUGACCGCUCCAUUUUCAACCCCCCACCCGGCAAGAACCCACAACUCGGCUUCCGCCGAGCGGGUCUCCUGCUUGGCAACGGCUCCGAUGCGUCCAACCAGGGCGUCAUGACGUUUCACUGGUCUGCCAUGCAAGACUCUGCACGCAAGCUGAAUCUCACGCACGAGUAUCUCACCUCGUUCCACGAAACAAAUGACUCUGGCGGUGCACAGUUUGCGCUGCAGGUGGGACUGCCAUUGGGCCAGAAUGGAACAGAGCCGCCGAAAGAGAACUGGAAGAUGUUGGAUCGGAACAACAGCGUCGUGUUUACGACGCCGUUGAAGUUUGAUACAUGGCAAAAUUGGGCUGUUACGCUUGAUGUGCCGCAAAACACGAUGCAAGUCUUCUUCUCCGAGGGAAACGAGCCGUUGAAGGCUGUCACCAAGAUCCUCCCGAACAACAAUGCUGGCGGUGGUGCGCUGCAAAUUGGCAUGUUGAAGAAGCCGACCGAGACGAAGACGGUCGCAAACGACGGGUUUCAGGAAAGCAAUCUCAACGAGGGACAAAUUUUGGGCGGCAUUUUUGUUGAAAACAGUGCCAACGGUUGCAUCUCGCUGUGA